AUGUGUGGAGGAGGUUCCGCUGGCGGUACAGCUUCCACCAUCACAAAUGUUGCCAAUUGGACAGCCUGCUUCCAAGCUUGCGAUAACUACAAUGGAUGUACUGGGUUUACUUACAAUCAAGGCGCCGCUCUUGGUAACGGCGUAGGUCAGUGCUUGAUCAAGACGGAUAGUCCUCAAUCUUUUGUUAGCACAGCCAAUAUGCUAAGCACAAGAAUCGCUGGAUACCUCCGUCCGGUUACCACUACCUCGAGUUCUGUGGCAACAAGUGCAAUCGCGACUACAACUGCAAGCACCGUCUCGACAUCAGUCUCGAGUAGCUCAAGCCUUUCGAGCUCCAGCACAACGCCUUCCAUGACUUCCUUCAGCACAUCGACGAUUCUCUCGAGUUCUGUUACAACCUCCUCGCCAAGCGCAUCCAGCUCCAGCUCGUCUGUGACAUCGAGUUCUUCGGCGCUUUCCUCGUCAGACGCAUCGAGUUCCAGCUCGUCGGUGGUAUCUAGUUCUAGUACCUCAUCAACAGUAGUCGUUCCUUCCUCUACUCCGAUCGCCGCACCUUCUUGCCCUGCAUCGAAUGGCACGAUCUAUAGUGAUGCUGGUGGCCUCAACUACACCAUUCUCUGCACUUACGACACUUCCGCCAACACCAUUACCGCGGCUUCGAACAUCAAGAGCUUCGGAGACUGUGCCGGACUUUGCGAUAGCACUUCUGGAUGUACGGGUUUGACCUGGAACGGUACUGUUUGCUCUCUCAAGCAGUCGUUCGGCCAAUAUAUUCUUGGUGCUAUCAGGACUUGA